UAGUAAAGUACAGAUAUCCAAAAAACAACUUAAGUACAGUAACGAAGUAUUUCUACUUCGUUACUGUACACCACUGGUCAGGUGUACUCCUAACAGACGUACUGGCACAGUGCUGAGACAGAUUCCUAUUGCUAAUGUUCCUAAAAAUAAGUAUUUUCACCUUGCAGUUGUGAAGACAACCCUCAGUGGGUGUGUGGCAUUAACACAUUUAGAUUGUGUCAGCCUCAAACAUGAGAAAAUAAAGAGGAUAAUCUAAGAUAUGAUGCCAGGUCAUUUUCAAUACACCUGUCACGUAAAGCAACGUUUAAAUGGUACAUUCCCGUCCUUUGUGGGUAAAUGUAUUACAGUUUUGUUUCACAACUUAUUAAUAUAUUUCUAUAAACUUGAUUGCCAUAAAGAAACGAAAUGAGUAGUCAUAUGUCGUCUAUAUUUCUUUUAUGUUGUAUCAAGCAACUGAGACCAAAUGACAAACUUAAAGGGGUUCUCAACAGAUUUGUACCCUCAAGUUUGAGACUGAAAAUGGUUGUGGAUGUCUGCGGUGGCUCAGGUGGACCUGAGAAAAAUGAUUAUGUUAUGAGAGUUUUUCAUUAUUUAAAAAGUGAGUACAUGAACACAUAUACGACCCAAGAAAUGAUAGGAGGUAAGACGGGGACAAAAGCAAACUGAGGAGAAUAACUGUUCUCAGAUUUGAAUGGAAGACUGCGUUACAGACGGGGACUUUGAGUUUUAAAGACUCGUACAAGGCAGUCUAAUGAAAAUAUGCUAUGAGUUUCAUUGUGGAAGAUGUAAGAUCCAGAAUUUCUGCUGCUUGAGCCAUGCUACGGACUGCACGCCUGGAUAUCUGUGUGCUGUUUUGAUUUAAUCUGUGUCUUGUAAGGCUUACUUUCCAGAAGUGCAAUACUAAUCACUGGAGUAGCCCUUCAAUAAAUGUUAGGUUUGUUGUACAAGUGAACGCCCUCUGUGGUGCAAUAAAGGUGCUUUCACAUGUGUAUCAGCAUGUUUUCAACUUGAUUGUUCCCAUGAAAGAAAUGCCCACUAAACCCACUGGUUUAGUGGGAGCCUAAUGGGCUCUGGCCUCCCCUCCUCUCUGCUGUGUUAGGUGGCUGUGGCGUCAGAGGAUCCGUGUACACUUUGAGGGCACAGGAAUCAAUCCCACCUCCGUAGACCUGCACGAACAGCAGCUGAGCCUGGAGCAGCACAGCCAAGCUCACCGCAUCACCACCAUGGACAGCCAGCAGAGGACAGGAAUGCUACGUGACAGCUUCUCCAAGACUAGUCUCCUACCAAUCAGAAGCCUGAAUGAGAUCUUCAUCGGAGAGUCUCUGUCCUCCAGGGUGAAGUUAAACGCCUUCAAACUCCAUGUUAACCUCUUGCUCCAUAGGGCGUCCUACUAUGAGAUCUCCGUGGAUGACGGCCCGUGGGAAAAGCAGAAGAGUUCAGGACUCAGCAUUUGUACGGGAACAGGAUCCAAAGCCUGGUCAUACAAUAUCAACAAACUUGCUGAACAAGCUGUGGAGGAGGUUCUAAAGAUCGGAAAGUCUCAAACGGGUCUUGAUAUCCCGCUUAAUCGUGACAUCAUUGAAAUGGUUACUGAUGAAUACAACGAGUCUCUGGUGUUCAGUCCAGACGACAGACGUUUGUUCUACAGCAUCAGGGAGCCCAUCGUCAACCGAGUGUUCUCGAGCAGUCGGCAGAGAGGCUUCGCCAGCAGGGUGUCUGUCCGCUCUCGGUGCUGGGACGCCUGCAUGGUGGUUGACGGCGGGACUUCAUUCGAGUUCAACGACGGUGCCAUCGCUACAAUCAGCAUGAGUGAGGAGGAUCAGCUCCGGACAGUUGUUCUUGAACACUGAGAUGAGUUCAGAGCACACGACACUCGACUGGUUUCUCUCAAGCCCACUGUUCAAAGGGAAGUACCCCUCUAUAGCCGUUAGCCUCCACAAGUGGUGAAUAUUGUUAUAGCUGACAGAAAGGUAUCAUUGUUACUAAUGUUUUAUUAAAUGUGUGCAUUUCUACAAACUAUGUAUUUUCAAAUCACUUUUUUCCUCUCUAUUCUCGGGUUAUGACAGGUUGAUAAUCCAUUUUGUGGAUACUGUGUCAAGCAUCAUGUAAAGUAUGUUACCAUUGACUGACUUUCACUGCAUCAAGAUAACAGAACAUAUCAGGUAUGAUUAUUAGGUAUAACAUCAUUCUGUUAAUAGAAAACAAUUGUUUACAUUUGUAUCUAUUUCAGAUGAAGUUUUGUGAUCUGUGUAGGAAUUCUUCUUAUUGUCAGCAACUCCCAAUGAGUCCCACUCUCUAUCUAUGUCACUCAGCCCCAAGUCCAGGAGUUCCUACUGAGGACAUAACUCUUAUAGGACAUAAAAUGGUUCACAAAUACAAAAUGUAAUUUAAAGGUUCCCUAUCCAACAUUCAGAGCAUUAAUAUAUCAUCAAUAACCAUCAUCUGUGUAAAGAUCGAGUGUCGUAAUGUCUCCCUGAGCAGAGAGUGUGGUCUCUCGCCCUCUGUGUGAUAUCUUUGUUCACAUAGCCGGCCCCGUGCAUGUUAGUGCACGUGAGCGUGCCCACUGGUGAGCUGAUGGAGGCUGAUGCCUCCGUCCUGACCGGCAGUCACAGAAGCACAGCGCCCACCAACCUUCCUGGUAAACACUGUUGGUGUUAGAACCGUUAGCGUUGGGUGAUAACUAAUUAUUAUUUAUCCACUUUCAAUGGAAUAGUAUCGCGAUUAAUUCAUAUUUCGAGAUAUUGUGAUACACAAUUAUAUCUUCUAAUUUGAUAUUAACAAGCACACACUUACUCAAAUGUCUCAAGUAUUUCAUUAAAUUUAAAAUAUAUACUCAGUCAUUUUCAUUUGUCAAGUAUUAAAUUCACAGAGUAUACGAAACCAUGUGGUUACUUCAUAUAGCGACUGAAUUACCAGAAAACAUGUGAUAUGAAAUGAGGUUUGUCUCGUGAUGGAUUUCCCUCAAUCAUAGAAAUGCUCUGAAUUUCGUAUUGAGCACCUUUUAUUAAAAAUUCAACCAUUACUCAGACAGGAGGAAAAAGAGUUUGUUGGGGACUAUUUUCAGCAGCGGAUGAAUCCACAUGUGUUGCUCUAGUGAGUGUU